GGUGUCUUGCACAUGAAUGAAUAUGAGGGAGUGUGGUAUGAUGUGUUCUCUUUGCUGGACUGGUAUGAUGUGUUCUCUUUGCUGGACUGCUCCUUCCGGUGUCCUCGAGCAGAUGAGUAUGAGAGCAGAUGGAAAAUUAGCGUCCUGGCUUGCCUUCACCAGGUAGGGGAGAGCCUUGCUCUCUCUCAGAGCCUGAAAGCCAGACUCUUAGCUACAGUUGCUAAAGUGAUUGACAAAUUUGAGGAUGAAACUGCAGAUGACAUUUUCCCCGUGGGUAAUAUACGAAAAAAAGCUUCGGUCUCUCUCUUGGAAGCUGAUAAAAGGUACUGUGGAAAAGCUACAUCUCGCAAAGCCUUGCAAGAAGAGCUCUGGGGAGAUGCUCUGUCUGAAGAAGGAUCUGCUGAAGAAGCCUUAGAUGAAUGGUACAGUGGCAGUGAAGAUUCAGAAGAGAAUGGCAGCUUAGGCCCUAAAACAGAGGAGAAGCCCAGCAGUGCUGGCAGUGACCAGGAGGAUGACUUGGAAGACGAUGAAGAGGCAGAGCCAUCUGUCAAGGCCAAGGCACCAAAGUUCAGUUUCCAGAAUAUCGCAGACUUUGAGAAAUUUACAGAGGGGAUGGAUGAUGUAGGAAGCAGUGAAGGAGAAGAUGAAGAUGGUUCCAGCAUGGAAGAAGGAAGUGAAGAGGAGGAAUGUGGGAGUGAAACCCAGGACAAUAUAAAGGAAACCAAAGACAGUGAAGAUGAUGGCGGGGUGAUGACCUUCUCAAAAGGACAAGAGGCUGAAGAAGUAGAAAAAGGAAAAGCUGUGAGGAACCAGCUAGCACUGUGGGAUCAACUGUUGGAAGGGAGAAUCAAGAUGCAGAAGGCGCUCGUAACAGUCAACCGGCUUCCACAGCCAGAUACUUACCCAAUCUUCAGAAAGAAAGGUGGACAAGCAUUUGACAACGCUGUCGAGAACUGUUGCAAAGCCCUGGAGGCAUUGCUGAAAGUAUUAGUGGAACUUCAGGAUGAGCUGCUGUAUCAAUACCCAGGCACGAGGCAUCUGGUAGAUGGAAAGCAAUCAAAAACUGAGAGUGAUGAUGAAAUCCCUAGCAGUAGCGAUGAAGAGCGAGUAGAUAAGGCUCAGGAGAAGAGGAGGAGCCUCCCCAAACGAAAGCUGAAGAUGGAGGACUACCCAGAAUUCAUAGCCAAGCGGUAUGCUGACUUCAGGACGUAUCGGAACAACGUCUUGCAAGAGUGGCAUGAGAAGACAAAGCUGGCAUCUGGCAAAAUGGGAAAGGGUUUCGGUGCCUUUGAGCGUUCAAUCUUGGCUCAGAUUGAUCAUAUUAUGAUGGACAAAGAGAGAUUGCUACGGCGGACGCAGACCAAGCGAUCAGUGUAUACAGUGCUGGGAAAGCAGGAACAGGAAUCUCAUCCAGUCCCCGAGUCUUUGCCUGAAAAUUCGGAAGUCCUUCCUCAGGCAGAUUCCAACAGGCACCUGAAGGACAUAGAUGAGGAGAUAUUUGAUGAUGAUGACUUUUAUCACCAGCUCCUUCGAGAAUUUAUAGAACGUAAAACCACUUCAUUUGACCCCAACGACCAGGUAGCAAUGGGCAGGCAAUGGCUGGCCAUCCAGAAGUUACGAAGCAAAAUAAAGAAGAAAGUGGACAGAAAAGCUAGUAAAGGAAGGAGAAUCCG